AUGUUGGGUUUCAUUUAACAAACUUAAAAAUAUGCAAUACAAUUUGAAAUACUUUAGCAAUGGACCUUACUAUUUGCUUUAUAUUUAAGCACAAAAUUUAAUGCAAUGUCAAUAUUAGCAUUAUGUAGUUUAAAAGAGUUCUUUUUUUGUAAAAUAAAUGCAUAGUUACCUUCACUUAAUAAACUAUAAAUAAUUCACUUAAUUGGAUCUGAUCUCAUUCUAUUUACAAUAAUCUUAUUAGAGGAUAAUAAUUAAGUAUAUUUAUCAGUCACUACUAUAAUGGUUCAUUGGUUAAUAAUAUUUCAUAUUUCUAAAUCUAAGAUAGCAAGAAAGAAUAUAAACAGUUCUACAUAAUAAGAAAUUCAUGAUAAGAUAAUGAUUGAUAGUGCAGGUAACACUUAAAAUCAUUCACGUUUAAAAUUAUAAGAGAAAGCAAGUCAUCAUAAUGAGAGUCCAACACAAGAAAGAGAUAAUAAGUUAGAAAUCUUGAGUAUAUUUCCAUAAGGAAUAGGAUUAAUUAAAAUAACAGAAAAGAAGAUAGAAUUAGAGUAUCAUAAUGAAAAUUUGUUAAAAUUAUCAAUGGCUGAAUAAUCAGAUUAAAUUCUGUCCUCUUUAUUUAAUUUAGAACAAUAAUCUAUUCAAGAGGAUCAAGAAAAGUAAUAAAAUGAUUAUAAGAAUUCCAUGAGUUCAUUUUCUACUUUUUAAUAAACUCCUAUACCUUGUAAUUUAAUAAAUAAAGCAAAUCGAAAUGAAAAGAGAUCUUAGACUAAUAAGUUAUAAAGUUCUUAAAAAUUAGAAUUAUUUAGAUAAAAUUCUGUUUUAAGCAAUAUUGAUUACAAAGGUGUAAUCUUGAGAAAAUGUGAUACACUUGAAGAAUCGGUAAUGUAAGUUUAUAAUUUAGAUUUUGGAAUAAGAACUGAGAUUAAUAUCAUCAUAAAUGAGAAAAGUAGACUUUUAAAAUUAUAUGAAAAAUCAAAAUCAGUUGAUUUAAGAACAUGUAGUAAUUUUAGGCUAUUAAAAAGGAUAAGAUGGAAAAAAGAAUAGAACUAUUGAAGUUAAAUUGUAUAAUGCUUUAAUUAUUGAUGUUCCUUAUAUUUUAAUGCUAAUUAGAGACAUAACUCAUAGAGAUUAUAUAUAAUAAUUACGUGAUUAUAGUAAAUAGAAAUCUAAGACUUUAUCUUUUGUUAGUCAUGAAUAUAGAACACCAUUAAAUUGUAUAAUAGAUAUGCUUGAAUAAGGAGUUGAUGAAGAUUAGAAAUAUUCAUCAUAAACUAUGAUUAUGGAAAAAGAAGUACGUAGAUCUACAAAGACUAAUAUACCAAUUAAAAUGGCUAAAUAAAUUAAAAUUGCAUUAGAUCAUGCAAAAUAUUUAUAAAAUUUAAGUGAUGAUCUAUUAGAUUUAGCAUAAAUAAAAGUUGGAAAAUUUAAGAUCAACAAAGCCAAAUUCAAUUUUAAUCAAUUAUUAGAAACAUGUGUAGAUUUAUUUUAAGUAAUGGCAGAAAGAAAGUAAAUUAAAUUAUAUAUCAAUUAUGAUAAUAAAGCACCUAGAUAUAUAUGUUCUGAUCCUAGUCGGUUAAAAUAAAUAAUGAUAAAUUUAUUGGGAAAUGCUUUUAAAUUUACUGAAGAAGGUUCAGUGACAAUAAAAGUAUCUCAAAUUAAUUUAAGAUUGGAAGUAUCAGUUGUUGAUACAGGAAUUGGUAUGACUGAAGAAGAUUAAUUAAGAAUAUUUUAAGCUUUUGGAAAAGGUAAUAGUGAAGAACAUAAAAAAAUGAAUAAAUCAGGUGUGGGAUUAGGAUUAUUAAUUAGUAAUUAAAUUUUAUAGAAUUUAAAUUAAGACUUACAAAAUGGAUUAAAAUUUAAAUCUUAAUAUAAAAAAGGUAUUAUUGUUAAUAUAUUUGAAAUUAGGGUCUACAUUUUAUUUUUAGAUUCAAUAUUAAGAUAUAAAUGAGAUAAAAUCUUUGAAUAGUAUGGAAGAAAGAAAUUAAGAUAGUGAAGAAUCAAUUACAAUGUAAUAAUAAUAAGAGGAAUCUAUUCAUAAAGUUUAUGUUCAUAAUUAAGCAUCAAUCUUUAAAAGAUCAACAAAAGCUAUAAUGACAACAUAAAUUAUGAUAGUUGAUGAUGUUUGUAUGAAUAUUGAUAUGUUGAAAAGGAGGUUAGCAUAAAUGUAAUAUAUUAUUAUUAUAAUAAGAGGAUAAGAUCAUAUUGAUUCAGCAACAAAUGGUUAUUUAGCAAUUGAAAAAUGUUAAAAGAAAUGGCAAGCAAAUUAAGAUUACUAUAAAUUAAUAUUUAUGGAUUUAGAGAUGCCAACAAUAAAUGGAAUUUAGACAACUAAAAAGAUAUUAGAAUUGUCUCAAAAAUAUGGAAUCAAUGUUAAAAUAAUUGGAUGUUCUGCAUAUGAAUGUUCAGAAUAAUAAUAAGAAUGUCUCAAUGCAGGAAUGAAGGAUUAUAUAACAAAGCCUAUUCAAUUAUAAGAUCUCAAAAGAAUUGUGUAGUAGUAUUUAUGA